UAUCUGAAUAAUGAGUGGCAGAGGUAAAACUGGAGGUAAGGCCAGAGCUAAGGCUAAGACUCGUUCCUCCAGAGCAGGACUUCAGUUCCCCGUCGGUCGUGUUCAUAGGCUUCUCCGCAAAGGAAACUACGGCGAGCGCGUCGGUGCCGGUGCUCCGGUGUAUCUGGCCGCUGUGCUCGAGUAUCUGACGGCUGAGAUCCUGGAGCUGGCUGGAAACGCAGCUCGGGACAACAAGAAGACCCGUAUCAUCCCCCGUCACCUGCAACUGGCGGUGCGCAACGACGAGGAGCUCAACAAACUCCUGGGCGGAGUCACCAUCGCUCAGGGCGGCGUGCUGCCCAACAUCCAGGCCGUGCUGCUGCCCAAGAAGACCGAGAAACCCGCCAAAACCAAGUGAACACGAGAGGACACACCACUCACAAAGGCUCUUUUCAGAGCCACACACUUCCUCUUUAAGAGCAGUUUGACAUGAUACAUUUGUACCUCUUUAUUUCGUUUACAUGUUUAUCUAAAGAACACACGAGUGCUGUGCUAAUAGAGCGAAUUGGUACGAUUUAUAUUUAGUCCUGUAACAGACCCAGACAGCAAGCAGUUUCGUCCCAG